GCUCUUCCCGAGUUUGUGGACAUCAUUUUGCUAUUCAUUCUUCCGGCCUUGGUCUACGGUCUUAGAAAAAAAAAGACGCUAAAAAAAAAAAAACUAUAUUUUGUAGGAUGAAAAAACAAACAAAUUUUGGUUGUGUAUGGUUGCAUGACCUUAGGUGUUAUUUUUGAAGUAUGAAAGUCAAAAUGUGAACGACGUUCUCAUAUGAACGACAAUGUUGCGUUUGACAGAUAAGAACAAUAUGGAGAGCGGCACGAAGGAACAAAUAGCCGCAGCAAAAAUCGUUAUGAAGUAUGGGAAAGUGGAGGAAGACUACAACAGGGACAGUGAGCUUCAGGCACUGAAAGAAAAGGUGGCAGGGUAUUUUGUAGUUAGCGUAAAUGUCAACUCAACGCUUAGUGCAAAUAGAGAGAAUAUGGUUGAAGCUUCUGCCUUUGUUGUUGACAUGAGGCAGUCUUGCGAUGUAGUGUCUUUGAAUAUUCCUGAGUUCAGUGGAAUAAAACAAGAAUUGUCCUACACAGGUGAUUCAGUUGUCGCUUCGCUCUUGAAACAAACCAAUGUUGAUAGAGAAAAGACGCGCAAAGGAACGAAACUUGGAGACGUUGAGUACCGAAGGAAAUUGCGAGGGACAAUUUCAAGAGCGGAUAUGCAGUUGCAAGGUAAGAAGGGUGUUCUUAAACCUGGUACCGCAGAGUUGUUAUGUCUGUCGCAGUUGAAGCCAAGUGUUCAUAUUGCUCCUCGGAAACUUACAGAACUGCCUGUAUUUGUGGCGAACGAGUCAGAAUAUCUAUUGUUGGAUCACAUGAUGCAACUGAGAACCACUUCCAAGGGGGAAAGAAAUAUCAUCACGAAAGUACUGGAACCAAUUAUCGAGAAUGUGAUCGCUGGGCGCGAUGUAGUGGAAUAUCCAAAUACUGUUCAAGACAGGGAUAUCACAGGAAGAGCACAUGAUGUGGCUCUUUUUGAUGAGGCCUUGAGGAAACUGUGUGGGGUUGCAACUGAUGUCGACAAACAACGCAGAAGGAAGGAAAGUUGGGAUACUCUAGCAGCCGAGUGUGAUGGACAAAAGCUUGAGUUGUGCGAUGGACAUGUCGCACAGAUGAACACACAAUCAAAGACUAUUCAAGCAUCCUCUGAUUCCUCACACAUUCAUAUGCCGUUGUUGAGAAUGUCAAAGGGUCAUUGUCAUUCUGAAUAUGUAGUGGCAGAAUGGGCGUUGCAAUCGAUUCCAUCAAGCGUUCCUUCAACAUCUCACGAGGCAAAAAAUAGCAAUGAUUUAGAACGGGUGUAUGUUUUGCUAUCAAGUUGUCAGUCAGAAGACAGUUAUACAUCAAAUGAAGCGGAAGUAACAUCUGGUUCGGAAAACGACGAGAGUCAGGACAAUGAUGAUGAUGAUGAUGAUGAUGAUGAUGAUGAUGAUAAAAGUUGUGAUGAUGGCAACGGUGAUGAAGACGAUUGCAGCAGCGAGCAAGAGGAUGAUGCAAUCGAGGAUGGCGACGACACGAACGAAAAAAAAAAAAAAGGAGGGAACGAAGAUAUAAGAUGGUGUCGUCAGAUACUCGAGCUGGCACACGUCUUCGACUACCCCCAUGUGGCAUUACGGGUCGUGCAUCACGAUGCAACACCUGAUGGACCAAUCCAACAGCUGGCGAUUUCCGCGUUGUCCUCGUGUUCUAAAAAUGGGAAAGAUAUUUCUACAAGUGACAAGUCUUGGUUUGUGCUUGUCAACCGUGCAGCGGCAUUGUCCACCUUCGGAGGGUGGGAUGAUAACAUUGGGUGUCUUGUACAGGGAGCAAUGGCACAAGCUCUGGGUGCUUCUGUGCAUCCGAAAUUGUCAACGGCAACAGAGAUAGUAUCCACGGUCGUCUUAAAAUGUAUAUUGAAACGCCAAAAACGUUAAAUUGCAGAUUCGAAUGAGGCAACUCAGAAAAACAUAUGAUUCACUACAUGACCGUUGCAGUACGAGGCAUGGUUUCAUACUAUAAUUUCAGUUAUACGACUAGAACAAUUACCUAUUCGCAUUUCGAUCUAUAAGUGCCAUGCUCUCUCUCUCUUUUUUUUUUUUUCUCUCUCUCUCUCUCUCUCUCUCUCUCUCUCUCCCCCCCCCCCCCCAAUUAGUGUGCAUACACCUUUAGUUACAAGAAAGGUACUUGGAAGAAUUUAAUAAAUAUUAAUAAUAAUC